AUGGAUGUGUUGGCUGCUCCUGCAGACAGACAUAAAGGAUGGUACCUUCCUCUGAUGGCUCCCAACACAAAAGGACCAACGUUUUCCUGGCUGGACCCGUCCAGACUCUACUGUAUCUCCCAGGCUCUAGCAAACUGACUCAAAGACCUUCUCAGUCCAUUCCACGGCGACACCAUUGACCUGGUUGCUGGGAUAGAUGCAAUGGGAUUCAUUCUUGGUGCUUCUGUUGCCACCGCCCUUGGAAAAGGUUUUCUGGCUUUCCGCAAAGCCGGACACCUGUGUGUGGCAACCCAAAACCAGACAUACACUGACGACACAGGCAGAAAGACUUUGGAAGUAAGAUUGGAUGUGCUAAAACCAGGUUAA